UUUCAAUUUCCAAGCAACAACCAACAUGUCGGGCAAGGGUAAGGCUACGGGCGGUCGCGGUGCCAAGGGCAAGGCGUCGUCGCGCUCGUCCAAGGCGGGUCUCCAGUUCCCCGUCGGUCGUGUCGCUCGCUUCCUCAAGAAGGGCCGCUUCGCCCAGCGCAUUGGUGGCGGCGCGCCCGUCUACCUCGCCGCGGUCCUCGAGUACCUCUGCGCCGAAAUCUUGGAGCUUGCUGGCAACGCUGCGCGCGACAACAAGAAGUCGCGUAUCAUCCCGCGCCACAUCCAACUCGCGGUGCGCAACGAUGAAGAGCUUAACAAGCUCCUUGGCGACGUGACGAUCGCGUCCGGCGGUGUCCUUCCCAACAUCCACAACCUCCUCCUUCCCAAGAAGUCGUCGCUCCCGACCAAGGAAGCCAAGGCCCCGAAGGCGUAAGCUCCUGCGCGCAUGUGUCUCUAGAUUUUCGCUCUCUUUGCUUAUAUUUAAUCUUUCGUGUCCUACCAA